AGCCGCCAAUAUUCUGUCAAGGCAAUCAGUCACCUGGCGGUUACACAUUGCGGCUGUGCGUAGUGUGCCAGCUAGUAACUUGCAAUGGGAGAGGCAGUGAUUUGUGCCUCCUGCCCUGAAACCUAUCAUGAUCGUGUCGCUGAACUUUGUCUUCAGCAUCAGGUCCAGAAGGCCUUUGGAAAGGCGGGAGACAUGGUCAAUGCCUUAAGCGGAAAAGAAUGGAUUCCCAAGUGGGAAGCCAAAGUGGUGAUGGCCACUGUGACCAAGGCGCAAACCUUGAACACCAACAAGGCAUUGAUCCUUUGCAUCGCAGGCGGCAAGAAUUGCGAUGCCGAGAUGGGGCGGCAGCCGGCACUGGUCCGGGCCAUCAAGACAGAGAUGGGCAAAGAAGACUUUCGAGUUCGAGUGGAGUGGAUCGAGAUCGAUGAGUUCCUCGAAAGAUAUCCGAGCGAUGCUUUGAAGGCUUCCAAGUCGAAAAGCAAAGAUGGCAAAGGUGGCAAGGCUGGUGAUGGCAAAGGUGGGAACUCCAAUGGUGCUGCCAAUGCCAAGGAUGCUAAGAACAGUCAAGCCAACAGCAAGGCCUCAGAUACCCAGCCAGGAAGCGCUAAGAAGUGGACCGAUGAGGGGAGCAAGGAGAGCAAGAUGUGCAAAUACUUCCUCCAGGGAAGCUGCAAGAACGGCUCAGACUGCAAGUUCCUUCCACUGUGCGGACUCCUGCGGAUGGUAAAGAUUGCAAAGGUGGCAGCUCUGUCAAACAGGACAAGGCCAAGCCAAGCAAGGAAGGUUCAGACAAGUCUGGAAAGCCCUCAGAUGAAUCAAAGAAAUCCAAGGGUGAUGACAAACAGCCUUCCAAUGCCAAGCGAGGCAAGGAGAAUCCAAACAACUCUUCGAACGCAGCUCCGGCAAACGGAAAGGCUUCAGAUGUGUCAAAAAACUCCAAGAACGAGCCUGGAUCUCAAAUAUGCAAGUAUUGGGCUCAGGGUGAAUGUAAGAAUGGCUUUGCCUGCAUGUAUCUUCAUUCCAAAGAAAAGAUAGAAAAGGCUUCUGCAAAAGCAAAAGCCAGCUCUAGCAAGGCACAGACAGAACCACCUGUUCCCAAGUCAAAGGCAGGAACCAAAAGGGACAAGAAGAAAGUGCAGUGCCUGGGAUGUGGGCUCAAGUUCAAGGAUUGGGAAGCUAUGUGUUCCAAGCACUUCUUGUGUCAGGGCCGCGAGCCCCUAUGCCUUUGUGUGGAGUGCAAUAAGACCUUCGCUGACGAUAUUGAUUGUGCACAGCACCAAUCUGCCAAAGGCCAUCAAGGCAUGGCACGGGUGAAUGACGAAGAAGAGCCAACAUUUGUUUGUGGACAAUGCAACAAGGAGUUUGACAGUGAACGUGCAAAAGAACAGCACCAAGACAGUACCCUCCAUGGCGAUUUUCCGGCCUGUUCAACUUGCCGUCGGGCAUUUCCAAAUGUGCAGGCCCUGUCCCAGCAUCAACAGGCCAAAGGACACUGUGGACUGUAUUGGGUUGUUGAAGGGGAGUCGGAUUCCGAAGAUAUGUUUGUUGAUCAUACUAAUUUUAUUCCUUUUACCCAGGAACAGUUGAACUUGUUGUUUCUGCAAGGCCGGGGAUUUGAUCUGCCAAUGUAGACAUUAUUGUCCUUUUGAAACCUUCCCCAGCCGAGGCCUUGAUAGUGCUUUUAGACACCUUAUACCCCAUACCUUAAAGAAAACUGCGCUGAGAUUGCUCGUGCAGUCGAGUAGGUAGGGUAGGUAGGUUAUGAGUGUAGUCAGCUCUUGAAAAGAUGCUGACUGCAGGUCGAACCACGGCAGAUUAUUGGU